GGAGGUGACGUCGAGUGGAACCAGGAAGAGAGGUACAGAAAGUGAACAACGUUUGGACAACGUGAGUUGUUGUGGGAGCGUUUUCUACACAGUUUUUGAGUUCAGUAAAGUCACCGCCAGCUGAAAAAUAAUCACUGGCUUCAUCACAACAAGUGAAGCUGCAGUAAAGGGCUCUGGUCAUGGCUCUGAAUAAGUCCAUGCAUCCCCGGAACCGUUACAAAGACAAACCACCCGACUUCGGUUACCUGGCCUCCAAGUAUCCAGACUUCCAGCAGCAUGUGCACACCAGCCUGUCCGGAAGACCUGUGGUGAACUUCAAAGAGCCGGAGGCGGUGCGAGCGCUGACCUGCACCCUUCUGAAGGAGGACUUUGGUCUGACCAUCGAGAUCCCUCUGGAGCGCCUUAUACCCACUGUUCCCCUUCGCCUCAACUACAUCCAUUGGGUGGAGGACCUCAUCGACGGCCAGAGGCAGCCACGCAGGGGCAUCGACAUCGGCACGGGGGCGUCUUGUAUCUACCCCUUGCUGGGAGCCACAAUGAACGGCUGGUACUUUCUCGCCACAGAGGUGGAUGACAUCUGUUUUGACUACGCUACCAAAAACGUGGAGCAGAACAACCUGUCCGAGCUCAUUAGAGUUGUCAAAGUCCCACAGAAGACCUUACUGAUGGACGCCUUGAAGGAAGAGACAGAAAUGGUGUACGACUUCUGCAUGUGCAACCCUCCUUUUUUUGCCAACCAGCUAGAAGCAAAGGGGGUAAACUCCAGGAACUCACGGCGACCUCCUCCCAGUUCAGUGAACACAGGCGGGGUGACGGAGAUAAUGGCGGAGGGCGGGGAACUGGAGUUCGUCAAGAGGAUCAUUCACGACAGCCUGCAGCUCAAGAAACGCUUGCGGUGGUACAGCUGCAUGUUGGGGAAGAAAUGUAGCUUGGCGCCUUUGAAAGAGGAGCUGAGGAAGCAAGGGGUGCCUAAAGUGACGCACACAGAGUUCUGCCAGGGACGGACCAUGCGAUGGGCGUUGGCCUGGAGCUUCUAUGAUGACGUGAUUGUUCCAUCUCCUCCCAGUAAGAAGCGUAAACUGGAUAAGACGCGGAAGCCCCUGUCGUUCACACUACCAAACGCGGGACUGAAGGAGCUCCAGGCCAAGGCCUCGGCUUUAAGCGGCACUGCCCAGAGCCCUGUGGACAGCAUCUCUGCUCUGCUGGAGAAAACACUCACUGACUUGCGGGUGCUGCACAAACGUGUCCCAUGCAGAAAGGAGGAGCAGAGCUUCUUUCUAACAGCUGUGGAGAACACUUGGAUCCACGGACGUCAGAAGAGACGGGAAGGGGCGCGUCAGUUGCGAGAGCUUCCCAGAGCGCCUCACUGUGCUGGAACCAGCUCUCAGACCUGCGUGACCACAGCUGCUCCUUCCACAACCCCAGCACCUCAAAACCAGCCUGCCUCCACGCUGAACAGCAAGGCCCAGGAUGACGGUGCUCCAAACAAAACUACAUCUGUACAGGCGCCUGCUGAUCAGCAGCAGCCCGAAGAGCAGAUUGGCAAUGGCGCUCCCUCUUCAAACGAGACGAGUAAAGAUGGAGCACACAGCCAAACUGGUGAGGGAAAAGAGAUCUCAGGAAAUGUGUCGGGUGAAGAUGUGGAAUCCUGUAUGUCCACCGAAGCAGGGCAGGAAACAGGCCCGAAGGAAGCGCCUGCCACAGCAAGUGGCUUGCCCUCUAAGCGACCCCUGAACUCUGGUGCAGUCCAAAACUUCCUGUUUAAGUGUCUGCUGAAUGUGAUGCCUGAGGAGAGCGAUGCAGUGAUCGAGAUGCACUGGGUCGAGGGUCAGAAUAAAGAUCUGAUGAACCAGCUGUGCACUUAUCUGAAGAACACACUUUUAAAGUCUGUGGGAAAGUCGUAAAUACUCUGAACUAAACUAAGCUGGUCCUGUUGCUUUUUAAAACAGCGUAUGCAAAUGUGAGAUGACGGUGAGUGAAAUAGGAAGUAUUAUUUUUAGAAAUGAUUAUUGAAUGUUUCUUUUUGAACAGUUAACAGUUGAUUACUUUGUGCAUAACUGUAUACGGCUCAUUUGAUAACUUUGGAAAAUGUUAAAGGUUACCUUUUAAGGUAGAAAGUCUACUGUACAUUAUUUUGUGCUAAAGGUUAUCAAAACAAUUGCAAUAAAUGUACGUUCUUCUAA